UAAAAUCGGCGUGACCCUUCGUACAAGUGCUGCAAGUUAUCUGUGUCGCUUUUUAACCAGACGAAAGCAUUUGUUUAUAAUUAUAUAGUUAGGUUUUGGUUUUUACGGGGUUUUAUAGAAAAGAAUCGUGGGAGCUGUUAUUCUUAAACUGCUUUGCUUUCUACUCUUAGCGCCUGCGUCCGGAAGAGCAACUGAAGGAUCCUGUUAUUUGCCCUUGCAUCAUGCCAAGGUAUUAUUGUGACUAUUGCGACACUUAUUUGACACAUGACUCGCCUUCUGUCAGAAAGCAACAUAAUGCAGGGUACAAGCACAAGGCAAAUGUUCGAUCAUAUUAUCAACAGUUUGAAGAGCAGCAAACUCAAAGUCUGAUAGAUCAGAGAGUCAAGGAACAUCUUGGCCAGACAGCUGCAUUCCAGCAACAAGUUGGUGCAGCUUUUCAGCAGCAUCUUGCUUCUUUGUCUGGGCAGAGACCUCGUCUUCCAGUCUUGCCUCCUCCUACUUUGCCUGUUCCAGGAUCAACACAGCUGCCAAACAGCCAGCCUUUGGUGCCUCCUUUUCGCCCUCCUGUGUUACCUCGACCUACUACAGGUCCUCCUGCUUAUGGUGUUUCAAUGGGACCAUCUCCUACACUUAGACCUCCUGGUGCAACUGCAACAUCUACUCCAGGUAUAUCACAGCCAAGUGGCUUGCCAAGGCCACCUCCCUUGACUCCUCCAGUUGCCACAGGAGUCCGGCCUUCAACACCUACCUCAUCACCUAUGGCCAAUGGAGGUAUGCCUUUGCCAUCUCUUUCUAGUGCUUCUGGUAUGUAUCAAAACCAACAGCCAAAUUCUGUUCCUACAAGUGGAGCCUAUGGGACUUACAAUUAUGCAGCAAACCCAACUAGUUAUUCCCAGCAGGGUCCAUCUGCUGGGUUACCAAAUUAUGCUGUACAGCAGGCUCCCAGAGUAUCUACACUUUCUGCAUCUUCUGCAAUUUCUACUACCUCAACUCCACCUUCAGCAGGAAAUUCAGAUGGUUAUAUGUACAGUCAAGGUCCUACAACUGCAUCACAUGCUAAUUAAUUGGCUAGCAAUUCAGGUUUGGCUACAUCUGGAGUAGCUACAUGUUAUUGAAGCUGAAGGUUGCACUUUCUUGCUAAGCAGGAUUUAAUUUCAUGCAUGUACUUGAUAUGCUUCUAUGCUUAAGUUCUGUUCAGCUUUACUCUAUCCUGUUAAUGGCUAAUUUGCAAGUGAGCUUUGUAGGUAUUUUUAUGCAUAAGGAAUCCUAACGAUGUCUUGUUGACUGUUUUCCACGGAGGUUUCAGAUACAUCAGUGGAUUACUCCUCAUCCUUAUAGUAUGUCAUAGCUUUCAAAGGUGAUGAGUAGAUGAAUCUCAAUUUAAUUCAAGGUGAUGAUUUACGGGUUUGUAUCUCUUUGUUUCUAUUUUUUAGAUGGUUAGUGAGAUAUUCUUAUUGCCAAAAGAGGAAGGGUUUAAAAAUUUAAGUUCUUAUCUUCACUUAACUUUUGCAAUGAGUAGACCUUUUGAACUAUUGUUCCGACUUCCGAGGCUUAUGAUAUGAUUAAAUCUGUAUGGUUAAGUUGUAUA